AUGAGUCUACAUAGGCGUCACCUCGACGUCGAGCCUGACAGUGAACCUUUCUCAAGUCUCGAUGUUUACGACGAGCAUCCUCAGAACCUCAGAUAUGAGACUCCUCAGACCCUAGUCGGUACUCCUGCCGAAGAUUCGAAGGUGGAGGACAAGUACGACUUCUCCGCCUAUGCGUAUACGGAAGAGGAAUCCCGAGCUGUGGUCAGGAAGUUGGACUGGCAUAUAUUACCAUUCAUCUUCUUUGGUUAUCUGUUCAAUGCCUUGGAUCGAAACAAUAUAUCCAAUGCCAAAUCAGGUGGGAUGACGGAAGACCUGCGCUUCCCACAAGAUGGGUAUCGUACUCUGCUAUGUAUCUUCUUCAUUCCUUUCACGAUUGGGGUAGUUCCCAUGGUUAUGUUGACUAGAAGGGUUGGCCCGCGGUAUACUAUACCGGGCUAUAUGCUAGGAUGGGGAAUCAUGGCAGUUUUGGGGGCAGCAUGUACCAAUUUUGGAGGCGCUGUGGCCGUUAGAUUCGUUCAAGGAAUUUUUCAAGCGGGAUUUUCACCCUCUUUGAUAUAUUACCUGACAACAUUUUAUAGUAGAGGGGAGCUUGCCAAGAGAAUCGGAGUCUUCUACUCAACGAACGCGCUGUCAGGUGCAUUUGGAGGCCUGAUAGCAUACGGGGUAUUCCAACUAGACUCCAAGCUGAAAGGAUGGCAGAUACUGCUAUUGAUCGAAGGAGCUUUGACGGUAGGCUGGGCAGUGUUAACCGCAUUCAUGCUGCCCUGGUCGUCCUCGACAGCAGCUUUCCUCAAUCCAAGAGAGAAAGAGGUAGCGCGUUUACGGGUCCUGAAAGAUGGAUCUGGUACUGUUGAUGCGAAGUUCGACGUCAAUGCCUUCUUCGCCCCACUGAGGGAUUGGAAGUUAUACACCUACGCUAUCAUCGGUUUGUUAUACGGCAUCGCAACUUCUGUUGCUGAUAGUUUCAUGACACAAAUCGUGUCAAGAUUUGGUUACUCAGUAGUCAAGACCAAUUUGUUCACUGUUGCGCCUUUCGCGUUUGGCACUCUCAUGAUGAUCACCACAGCAUGGUCAUCGGACUACUUUCGGGAAAGAGGGUUUCACCUGGCCAGUGCUAUAUCAUUGGCAUUCAUUGGUUGCAUCAUACUGGUAUCUGUGCCCGUAUCCAAUCAUGCUGUAGGAUAUUUUGCAGUCUUUCUGAUUACAGGAGGUGCCCAAACGCCGAGUGUCAUCUUUCAUUCGUGGCAUCCGUCCAAUGAAGCAAACGAAGAUGCUCGAGCGUUCAAAGUGGGAGUUCUCACCUUUGUCGCAAACUCAGGAGGUUUUGUGUCUGCCAAUAUAUUCCUGGACAAAUGGAGCCCGGCAUAUAGUAUACCUCUCAUCAUCGUAGCGGCCACACAAGGCUUGGCGAUCUCGAUCAUCGUGGCGUUCAGAAUGUGGAUGCAAUACGACAAUGGAAAAAGGAACACAGCUCAGAGUGUCAAUUGGACUUCGAAGGAUAUACCGACCGAAGCCUUGAAAGCUGGCCCGCGUAAUCCGUCUUUCAGGCAUUUCGUGUGA